AUGUUGGGUGUGAGAAGCCUGCCGCCCGCCCGUCCACAGCUGGCUGAGACCCACGGCCGCGUGCUCACCGUGUGGGCCGGCCCCACGCCCGUGGUGGUGCUGAGCGGCUUCCGGGCAGUGAAGGAGGCGCUGGUCUCGAACUCAGAGCAGUUCUCGGGCAGACCCCUCACCCCGCUCUUCUGCAACCUGUUUGGAGAAAGAGGACCGUGCGCCCCUCCACUGCCCACCUGGCGCAGGGCUCAUCUGCAGCAACGGGCACAACAGAGACGCUUCUGCCUGACCACGCUCCGCGCGCUGGGGCUGGGCAGGCCGGCGCUGGAGCUGCAGCUGCAGGACGAGGCGGCAGAGCUGGCCGAGGCCUUCCGCCGGGAGCAGGGUAGAGCCUUCGACCCGCAGGUCCUCCUGGUCAGGUCCACGGCCAGAGCCAUCGGGGCCCUCGCGUUUGGCCAUCGCUUCCGCUCGGAGGAGCCCAUCUUCCAGGAACUGACUCAAGCCGCCGACUUUGGCCUGGCCUUUGUCAGCACUGUGUGGCGCCGGGCUGUGGAUGACCCAGUCUCUACCUUCAGCGAGGAGAACCUGAUCCAAGUGGUGAUGGACCUGUUCCUGGGCGGCACGGACACCACCCUGCGCUGGGUGCUCGUCUACGUGGUCCAGCACGGAGCCGUGCAGGAGAGGGUGCAGCAGGAGCUGGAUGCGGUGCUGGGCACUGCCCCGACCGUCCGCUACGAGGACCGGAAGCGACUGCCCUUCACCCGCGCCGUCCUCCACGAGGUGCAGCGCCUCAGCAGCGUGGUGGCGGUAGGCACUGUGCGCCAGUGUGUGACAUCCACCAGUGUGUGUGGUUUCUACGUGCCCAAGGGCACCGUCAUCCUGCCCAACCUGGCCUCUGUGCUGUGUGACCCUGAGCGCUGGGAGACCCCUCACCAGUUCAACCCCGGCCACCUCCUGGACAAGGAUGGAAGCUUCGUGGUGAAUGAGGCCUUCCUGCCGUUCUCUGCGGGACAUCGUAUGUGCCCGGGGGACCAGUUGGCCCGAAUGGAGCUCUUUCUGAUGUCUGCCACACUCCUCCGGACUUUCCGGUUCCAGCUGCCAGAGGGCACCCCGGGGCUCAGCCUGGAGUACGCCUUCGGGGGCACCCUGCAGCCCCAGCCCCAGGAGAUCUGCGCAGUGCCCCUCAGGAGCAGCUGCAGCCCCAGCCCAGGCCCCAGUGGGGAGGGCCUGUCGCUGGCUGGAGUCUUCCCCAGUCUCCCUUGUUCCCUGCAGCCGGAGAAGAGGACAGACGGGGGUUCACCCAGCUGCCCUGCUCAUGGGCUCCCUAACACAAGCUCUGGGUGGCGGUAGCAAGGGGACCUCUCAAGACUUCCACAAAGGUAGCUCAGUUCUCAGGUUAGAUUGGCAGGGAAGGAUCACAGCUUUCGUUAGGGUUGACAUGAAAUCAAUUUGCGUGGUUCAUUCGGUGAAUCAAGCCUCACAAGACAGCAGCUAAGCAGGUUCAGGGGGAAAAGGUGUUCAGGCAAAACUGUAAAUACAAUGGGUAUUUACAGACUCUGGAUGCUGAGGAUUAAUGAGUUUAAAAGGGGGGGGGCAAUCGGGCAUCGCGGUGCAGACUUGUCAUUUCAGCACGCUGGGAGGCUGAGACAGGAGGAUUCCAAGUUCAAGAGCUACCCUGUCUCAAAAAUAAAAAAAGACUGGGAUGUAGUUCUGUGGAAGGCCCUGCGCAAAAAAAAAAAAAAAAAAAAAAGAAAGCAGCCUAUUUUUUUUCCUGCUCUCUCCUGCCCUCUUCUGGCAAAAGUGAAGAAGUGCAGGCAGGCAGGAGAAAGAUGGCCCCAGUCCAUCAGCGAAGCCCGCUGCCAAGACAACUGUUCCCAGCAGCUCUUCCCUCGGGGACCCUUCUACCUUCCCAGAAGGGCCCCCUAGCUCUGUUUCCAGACAAGUCUUACUUAUUAAAAAGGAAUAGCUUGGGCUAAGGAAUGCAAAUGAGAUACCACUACACACCGUUCAAGUUGCUAAAAGCAAAGCCCUGACAACCCCGAGAGCCCGAACAGGUGCGGGAAGCUGGAACUAACCCUCGCGCACCGCCGCUGGGGAGGUAACACGGCACAGCCACAACGGGCCUUUCUGUGAAAGCGAGCGUGACGCCACACAACACAGCCGUCCCAGCCCUGGCUGGUGUGACACAAAGAAAUGAAAACACACGUUUGCACACAGGCAUAUUCAUAGGCAUCUAUUUCUGUCAUAUUCUUGAAAAAUCAAAACUGUAGGAAUAAGUGGUUGCCAAGGUCUGGAAGUGGGGUUGACUAGAAAGGGACAUAAGGGAACUUAAGGAGUUAGAUCU